UGGGGGUAGGAGACGAGGAGACAGGAUGAAGUGGAGUAAGACGAGGAGGAGGAGGAAGAGGAGGAGUAAAUCAGUGUGUGAGACUGACGCGGAAGAAGAACGAGACUGAGCUGAGUAAGAAGAAACCUGAAAAGAAAACAGUCCUUGAACGUCUCAUUGUCCACACUUGUUGAUCUGCACGGGUCUGCCGGUCCAUCUGCCCGGCUGUGUGCUGCUCUCUGUCCGCUGACCUGGACACAUUCCGUCGCUGCUGUAUCGUGUUUCACCCGCGACUUUCUUCAUGGCUGUCAGAAGCAAUGAUGACCGACUAACAACAGCACAACAGCUCUUCAUUCACAUCACAGACGGCCGCUGGUGCAGCACCGAGACCCUGCUCCAGCGUCAUCUUUAAUUCAUCCGGCGUCUUAGGGCGGGGGGAGCUCUGGGACUCACGUGGAGCACGGCUGCCUUUCCCCCGCAGCUCUGCAGGGUGGCACCGCUGUCUCCGCGGCAAAGGGACUCUAAUCUCGGCCGGCAUGGUAUAAGACGUCUUCAGCAGCGUGAAAAACUACAACCACCUCCGCCUUCAGUCAACACCACGGUGUUCUUUUUUUUUUUCAUUAUUUAUUAUUUAUUAUUCUAGAAGUGGAUGUUUAGCGGCCAAGAGGCGGCAAGUGUCACCGAAAGCGGUGCUCCCCUCAAGCAGCUCCGCUGGGUGGCACCGCUAGCUCCAGCCGAUGUGAUGCGUCCACCACUGGGGUGAUUCACGUCACAUUUACAGGAAAAACUGAGUUUGCUUCUUGGCGUCGUGGCCUGUAAGCACAUCCUGUAAUUUUACCAAGCAAAGGGCGCCCUAGGACCCACACGGAGCUCGGCGACCUUUUCGCCGUACAGAGCCGGAGUGAGAUGUUUCCGCCAGAGUGGACAUUUAUUUAGAAACCGGGCUUUUCCUCUGCGCCGGCACUGUAGCCGGUUGUUUCGCCGGUCACACUGACCGCUGUCUGUGUGCGUGUGUCGUGGGGGAGACAUGGCGGACCCAAGUCGGGCCAGACCAGUGGAGGCAGCGGCCGCGGACAGCCGUGCAGAAAGCCCGCUGACUGUGAGGAAGCGGGGGCCGCAGUCUCCUGGGGCCCGGGCACAUCAGUCCCCGGGGACACGGGCCCGGUACAAGAGCUCAGCACCGGGUCACAGUUUCAAGAAAGUGACGCUGACCAAACCCACAUUCUGUCACAGCUGCAGUGACUUCAUCUGGGGCCUCGUAGGCUUCCUGUGUGAGGUGUGUAACUUCAUGUGUCAUGAGAAAUGCCUGAAGAUUCUUCGCUCCAUUUGUUCCUGCCUGGCUCCGUCCCUUGUCCAUCACUCAUUAUGUGUGCACUGCCCUCUGCAGGUGCCAGUGGCUCACUGCUUUGGUCCUGCCGGACCAAAGAGACGUUUCUGUUGUGUCUGCAGGAAACAAACAGAGGGAAAUGCAACAGCGCUGCGCUGUGAAGUGUGUGAGCUGCAUGUCCACUCAGACUGUGUUGCCUUCACCUGUGCUGACUGCCGCCGACCUCACCUGGAUGCAAGCGUGGAGCAGGAUACGUUUCAUCACCACUGGAGGGAGGGGAACCUUUCAUCAGCAGCCAGGUGUGAAGUGUGUCGGCGCUCCUGUGGUUCCUCCGAUGUCCUGGCGGGAAUGAGGUGUGAGUGGUGCGGCAUCACGACCCAUGUUAUGUGUUACCUCAGCGUCCCACCAGAGUGCACCCUGGGACGACUGCGCUGCAUGAUGCUGCAUCCGGCUUCGGUUCGUUUGGACUCCAGGAACUUCAGCAAGAUGCAUUGUUACCGCAUCACUGAGAGCAGCAGCACGGAGCUGGAUAACACAGAUGAAGUCGAUGCCUCUGCUGUGACAGUGGUUAAAGAUGGUCAGACGGCUGCUCCAGAGUCAGGUAAACAGCUACUGAAGGUGUUUGACGGAGAUGAUGCCAUCAAGCGCAACUGCUUCCGCCAUGUCUCCAUUUUUAGAGCCACAAAAAACGAAGAGGUCGUGGAGGCAGCGUUGAGGGCCCUCUACCUCCCUGACGACCCUCAGGACUUCGAGCUGCAGGAGCUCGGUGGUCUUCAACGUCUUCACAGUGAUGACGUUCUCAACCGUAACGGCAGUGCAGACAACAGGAGCACACAGAAAGAUGGCAGCGACACCUGGCUGCUGAGGGCCAAACAACGAGAUGCUGAAGUCAUCAAGGUGUACCCUAGUUGGCCAAGGUCUGGUUCGGCCUUUGUCCAGGUCUCUGCCUCUAAGGACAGCACUGCAGCUACAGUCCUCGAUGAUGUCCUGGUGCAGCUGAAAAGACAGGACGAAGACGUCUCCAACUUCAGUCUGCAGGAAGUCUGCAUGAACAGCAAACAAGUUCAGAGACAGAUGUUGACUCCGCAAGAGAAGAUUCUGGACAAACUUCAGGAGAUAAGGAAGACAUCGCUGCGUCAGAUGCACCAGACUCGCUUUUAUGUUGUGGAGAACAGGAACCGUGUUGUGCAAGUCGAUCUGCUGAUCGGAGGACUGCCUCCCCUACUGGCCAAAGAGGAAUAUGCCCAGUUGAUAGAGGAACACCUGGCCAUCAAGAGUCACCUGGUCACCAUCAGCCACAUCUACCCUAGUCAAGGUGCGUUGGCGCUGCAGGUCUCCUGUUUCUCCGAGGCUGAGAGAAUCUACAUGUUGGCUAAAGACACUUGUAUCAACGACAAGUUGCUGACCUCACUCGUGAUCCCAGAGAUUAUGCACAAGACUCUGAACCCAGACAUCUGCCCCCUGCUGGUGUUUGUUAACCCCAAGAGUGGAGGCCUGAAGGGUCGUGAGCUCCUCUACAGCUUCAGAAAACUUCUGAACCCCCAUCAGGUCUUUGACAUUUGCAACGGAGGACCACUGGCUGGACUCCACACAUUCAGGGAUGUGCCCAAGUUCCGUGUGCUGGUCUGUGGUGGCGACGGGACCGUUGGUUGGGUGCUGAGUGUCCUGGAGGCAGUUCGACACAAACUGGUCUGUCGGGAGCCGCCCCUUGGCAUUGUACCUCUAGGAACAGGUAAUGAUCUGGCUCGUAUCCUGCGUUGGGGGCCUGGUUACAGUGGUGAAGACCCCCAUCACAUUCUGGUCUCUGUGGAUGAAGCAGAUGUGGUUCUGAUGGACCGAUGGACCAUCCUGCUGGACGCACAAGACAUGUCUGAGGACGGCAAAGACAGUGGCUUCCUGGAGCCGCCGAAGAUUGUGCAGAUGAACAACUACUUUGGUCUUGGCAUUGACGCAGAACUCAGUUUGGACUUCCACCUGGCCCGGGAGGAUGAACCAGGAAAGUUUACCAGCAGGUUUCACAACAAAGGUGUAUACGUGAAGGUGGGUCUUCAGAAGAUCAGCUCUACCCGGAGUCUCCAUAAAGAGCUCCAGCUGCAGGUUGACACUCAGGACAUCCCACUACCAAAUAUUGAGGGACUGAUCUUCCUUAAUAUACCCAGCUGGGGUUCAGGUGCUGAUCUCUGGGGGUCAGAGGUCGACAGUCGCCAUGGAAAACCAAGCAUUGAUGACGGUUUGUUGGAGGUCGUCGGUGUCACUGGGGUCGUCCACAUGGGUCAGGUGCAGAGUGGACUACGAUCUGGGAUCCGUAUAGCCCAGGGAAACUACAUCCGUCUGACUGUCAGUAAACCUAUUCCUGUGCAGGUGGACGGUGAGCCCUGGAUCCAACCACCGGGUCACAUCAUCAUCUCUGCUGCUGGACCAAAGGUGCGAAUGCUAAGGAAGUCCAAGCAGAAGCAGAAGAAAACUUCUGCUGCCGUCAAGGACAAACGCUCUGAAAGUCCUUCCUCCAGAGAUGGUGGACACUGAUUAAUCUGCUCCAGCGCCUCCUGCUGUCCUGCUGCUGAUGACCUGCAGUCAAGUGUUGGUAAAGAGCCAGAUGUGCAGCGAAUUAGGUUUAGGGCUAAGAGAGUUUUUUUAUUUUCACAACAGAGACAAAUGAAGGUUAUGUUUCCAUCCUCUAUCCUGCUGACUGAGCACUUACCAGUAACAGAAUUUACAUUGACAGUAGUUUAAUAUAUAGCACCUAAAUGCAAAGUGUUAUUAUCUGAACCCUUCAGCGUUUUACUGGCCACUUUUGGGAGAAGAGCUGUUAUUACGUUUGACAAAUUUCCAGACUGGAUACGCUUUAUAGGGUAUUUAAGAUGAGUCGUAAAUGUCCGUUCACAUAUUACUGUAUGUAUACAGUAUAUAUAGUAAGUAUCAGUAAACUCAGUGUCAGUUUUUAUAUUGUAGAAACUUUUGUUUUUAAAAGUAUUGUGCAGCUAUAGAGUAAACAGAAGCUCCACGUGGGUUGGUAUAUGAAGGAAUCAGGUGAAAAAUGAAGGAAUCUGACGGACUGGUUCAUGAAAGGCUGCAAAUCAUUUUGUUUUUCCUCCUUCACUCGUAGAAAUCCUCCAGGCUUUUUUGUUUUCAUGUCUAAGUGAAAAUAGACGAGCUAAUGAGCGCCCAGACUCAAACAAAACCAUCUCUGAUUCUCUGAGACCACAGUGACCACAGAGCAGUAACUGGAAAUUUCAGUCUUUUAAUGCAUUAGUAAAAACUACAUGGAUAACACAGUCUGUCAACAGUGUGAAACUGAGGUUGUACUAAAUCAAGUACAGCUACUGUUCAUGAUAACAUUGCCACUGCCAAGUACAUGUUAGAGGUAGAUGAAUACUUUAUUAUUGAUUUUUGUUUAAAUUAGUUUGAGUUAAUGUGAGUCAAUUCUUUUACCUUUAACCUUAAACCCUGAAAGACUUUGUCCAUAGUCACACAGUGGGAGCCAGAGACAUUUUUACUACAAACUCUACAUAAACCACUAAGAUUUGUUUUUUAUUCUUGAUAUCAUUCAUUCUUUGACUCUUCAAUUUUUUUUAAUUAAAUCAAGCUGGAUUUGAUAACACUGGUUGAACUGACUGCAGCAGCUAUAUUCGCCUAUUGUAGUUGGAUUACUGCAACCGGAAUUUCUACCAGAGGUUUGGGCUAAUAUUGAUGUUAAAAAUGAGCACACAUUUAUAUUCAGACAUCAUACACCCAAAUGAUUCCAGUCUCACUGAGUACAUACAAAUAUACAAUUGCUGUAUUGUUUGAAGGUAGAUACUGGAAAAUCCGUUCGUAUUCUAAAUCCUGGUUAAUUUGUAACAACAACAGGGGGCAGUAUUUGCCUAUACAUAGGUCAAAGGAAACCGUAGCAGUUUGUAGGGGGGCAGUAUCAGCCCAAAGGUGCUAUUGUGGUACAGAUGGGGUUAGUGGAGGUGAAAUAGACAUUUCUGCACAACAUAACGCUGCAGUUACAGAACUGCAAGUCUGCCAGCCCUUGUGGUGGGUCGCACUACAUGUUUUUGGUGGGUUGCACCACAUGUGUCAUGUGCUAUUCAUUGUAUAUUACCCUAACCAUAGCUUUAGUCCUAAAACCUGCAUAUAAUGUAUUUACUUGCCAAUUCACUUGCCUUACAGCAUAAAGAUCACCAGUUCCGUCACUGGUGGUAAUUGAUGGUCUGUCUGUAUGGAGUUAGCAUGUUUUCCCACAGCCCGAAAACAUGAUUAGGAUUUCUUGGUUCAUUCUAUUUUGACCGUAAGUAUGAAUGUGAGUGGUUGUUUCUUCCAAUACGUGGCUAUGUGAUGAACGGACGAACUGUUCCAGGUGAACUCCACCACCUCCCCACGUCUUGACCCACCAUGUGACUGCUGGGAUUGGCUAAAACUCCCCUACAACCCUGUGAGAGAUUAAAUGGUACAGGGUUGUAUUAAUUUGCCAAUUUCUUAUAUUCUGUAACAAAAGUUACUGCUAGGAGGCGCUGUUUUACUCCUAAAACUGCAGCCUACAGCACUCUAGGAAUGAUCAAUGGGAAACAGUUGGGUGUCUGAUUAAUCCAGAAGUGAUAAUGAGGAACCUCACAGGUUAUUAUGGAACUUUAGGGGGCAGUAGCAAUGGCUUCUCUUACCCGUCCUGCUCAUUGCAGACAUUUAGUGCAACCUAUCUUUUAUCAGGAGAUGGUGAAUGAUUAUCAGAAGCACAACAUUCAAUACCAAACAGCUGUUGUGUUUCUACUUUCUCUGGCACUUACGUAUCUUUAACAUUUCACUACAAUCUGGUGUCAUGUCAUGGCUCUUUCUCAUUCCCACAAAGGAGAACACGGUGGAGUCCGAUAAAGGAGAUGCAUUUUGCCAUCGUAGAGGGGAACAUUUUUGUGCGAACUCUUUGUGAAGGAGGCUUAAAAAGUGGCCGCAGAGAUUAUCUACCUACACCUCAGGAGGAAAAUCACGCAGAUUUUAAAAACCUCAUUAGCUCGAGCAAAACUGGAUGUUCAGAUAUUUUGUGCGUAAUUGUAGCUAAUAUCAGAUGUAACAUUCUGAAUUACCCUUUAAUUUAACAUCUAUCAGUCGCACAAUAAACUGCCGUUGACUUUAGUGUUUUGCUAGAUGUUAUAAUCGUGCUUUAAAGUGACUUUCUGCUUCACAGCGUCCGUUGUGCCUCGUAGCGUCGAUGUGUUGCCCCCUAGUGGCGUCGUGUGGUGCAGCAAGUGUUGCCCCAUAUUCCAUUGCAGUGCUUUGUGUGCUGAGUUAAACGUGCCUCAGUUCAGUUUCUACCUGAAGUCUUUAUUUAACAGAUGUUUGUAUAUUUUUGCAAAAGAAACUUUUUUGUUAACGUUUUACUGUAAAUUGCACUAAUUAUUUUUCCUAAUGCUCAUACACUUGAUGUCCAGGUUAAUAUGAAUUGUUGUAAUAACUAUAGUAAACCUAUAUGUUUCAUUACCAAUAAAACGUUGUGCUUACUCAUAAAAAUAAAGACAGUAAUAAAUGGA